AUGCGCCGCUUAGCUACCGCUUGUUGCCUCUCGUGUCACUUUGGCCGCUCGCAGCUCACGUCUGAACGUUUCAUUCAUAUCACCCCGUUAGCUCUACUUGCAUCACAGAGCGACAAGCCCGGGUACUCCAAUGACGAUGCAUUAGGAGCCGAAGAUCCCUUUAGGGCUGUUGGGGAUGCGAUGAAGGACCAACAACGGCAGCUUGAGAAGAAUGAGGGGGGAAAGGGAGCACUACCUGAUGAUAUCGACCCAACGGCAUCGGCUCUUAACCGCCGCCGCAACCGCCGUAAGCGCACAGUUGAUACCAUAUUGGGUGAUGUCCUGCAUGAUGCGCUGCGGUUGCGGGAUAUGGGGCACAAACCAACCGCUGACUUUGUGUACAAACGCACGCAGGAGCGCAUGUACGAGGAGGAGUACGGGCAUAAACCGCCGAGUAAAUCGGAAAACGCAGCCAAAUACGUGCCGUUCCCUCCCGACUUUGGCCUACGGCGCCUGGUUCCGCUAGAAAUGGACGAUCCAUGGCCUCAGCGGGCCAUAACUCAGGAGAAUCCUGUUUGGACUCGUCGUCAAGUUGAAGAAGAUCGAGCGGCUACGGGGGGUGCAGGUUUGCGUGAGUGGGAGGCUAAGACAUUUGGGCCCCGUGAGGGAUUUGAUUCCACUGGGGAGUUAACUGACGCAAUGGACGAACUCGCCUAUUGGGAGGAGUGCUUUCUGCGCUUCAUUCGGGGGGCGCCACUGCCGCAGCGGCGAACGUUACCGCUUCUGCACGAGCAUUACAGGUACUUAACACACCGCCUCAUUCGGGCUGAGCGCCAUUAUAUAGCAACGCGGGAUGUGGUUCUGCUGAAGUGCCAUGCAUCUCCAUCAGUAUACAAAAUGAGUGAAGAUGUCGUAAACCGAGUCCGUGCGCUUUACUCGGAGACGCAUCGCUCGCUUUCGAGCCCCAACUAUGAUCCGGUGCGCAUGAAGAAGUCUGUUACCGGCCCUUUACUACAGAUGAGUGAGGCUGAGUUUGAGGAAUGGAAAAAUGUGCAGAAGCAUCGGAGGAAUCGUUUUUUGUCAGAGAUUCUUUAG